ACGCACAGCGUGGCGUAGGCGCCCGAAGCCGCUGGCGCCUGCCAGGCUUCCCGGGAAGCAUAGGGCAGGUGCUGGUCGUGCGCAUGCUCGGCAGGCGGGGCCGCUGGAGUCUCCCGGCAUUGCUAUCUGUUACGCUGCCGCCCUCGGGAGCCGGCAGAUCCGGGUCUCGUGGCUAAGAGUGACGUGGUCACUCGAAUCAAAACAGAGGAGGGGGAGGAAGCUGGCGGCCAGGAGCGGCAGCGGCAGCGACGUCCGGAGCAGCCGCAGCCUUCCGGAAGCUCCAGGCGGUCUUUCUGCCGAGCCUCGGUCCUGACCCCCAUCCUCCCCGCCCCAUCGGUUGUUGUCUGGGCGGAUUUAAACAGUCAAGUAAAAUCAAGCUGGGUAAUCAUGGCAGAAGGUGGAUUCGAUCCCUGUGAAUGUGUUUGCUCUCAUGAACAUGCGAUGAGAAGACUGAUCAAUCUGUUACGGCAGUCCCAGUCCUACUGCACAGACACAGAAUGUCUUCAGGAAUUACCAGGACCCUCUGGUGAUAAUGGCAUCAGUGUUACUAUGAUCUUAGUGGCCUGGAUGGUUAUUGCAUUGAUCUUGUUCUUACUGAGACCUCCUAACCUAAGAGGAUCAAACCUACCUGGAAAGCCAACCAGUCCUCAUAAUGGACAAGAUCCACCAGCUCCUCCUGUGGACUAACUUUGUGAUCUGGGACGUGAAAAUGGUUAACACCUUGCACGACCAAACGAACGAAGAUGACCAGAGUACUCUUAACCCCAUUAGAACUGUUUUUCCUUUUGCAUCUGCGAUAUGGGAUGGUUUGUUUUCAUGAGCUUCUAGAAAUUUCACUUGCAAGCCUAUUUUUGCUUCCUGUGUUAUCACUAUUCCUAUUUACAAUAUAUUUGAGUGAAUGAUUAUAUUUUUUAAAAGUUAUGGCUUUUUUGGUUGUCCUAAACUUAAACAUUCCUCUCAUUCUGUUUGUAACUGUGAUUAAAAUUUUUGUGGUAAUUUCUGGCCUGAUUGAAGGAAAUUUGAGAGCGCUGCAUUUAUAUAUUUUAAAUAGUUUUGAUAGGUUUUUAAAUUGCUUUUUUUCAUAAGGUAUUUAUAAAGUUAUUUGGGGUUGUCUGGGAUUGUAUGAAAGAAAAUCAGAACCACACUGUAUUUACAUUUACCUUGGUAGUUUAUUUCUGGAUGGCAGUUUUCUCUAAUUUUUGGGACUGUGGUAGCUCUUGGAUUGUUUUGCAAAUUACAGCUGAAAUCUGUAUCAUCCAUUAAACUGGCUUAUGUGGCUGGAAUAGGAAAAGAGAAAAAAUAUAUAAAAUGGUUGUUUACUAAUUUUGUACUCCCAUUAAAAAUCUCUAAUGUUAAGAAAACUUUAAAUAAACAUGAUUGAUCAAUAUGGCA